UGUCACAUCAACAUACAAUACAAUAAUUUAAAAAAAUCUAGUCAAAAAGGAAUUCAUUAGCUCCCUUCAACAUGGCAUGGUUAAAAAAUAAUUAAAAAUUCUAAAAUUAAUAAGAAUCAACUAAAUUUUUGAUCUUUAAUUUAACUAAAAAUGAUAUUUUCGUAAUGAGUGACAAAAAUGAACAAAACGAUCCUAGUAAGAGAGGAAGGGUGGAAUGUGAUAAAAUAAAACCGGCUUUGGAAGGCUGUACUCCACCCGUGAAGAACAUAACACAUCCGUUGAGGUACUACGAAUUCACUCGCGAUGAAAUCAAAGCUCUAGAAGAAUGCGAUAAAGAGAGCUUUUAUCGUCGGUGCCUUCCUUUCAGUACACUUUUCGCAACUGCUACAUACGCUGCAGUCAAAUAUGGUUAUUUCAAACCAAAUCCCCGGUUUGGAGCUAUUCCUAAAAUAUCAUUUGCGGUGUUGGUUGGUUACUUUGUUGGAAAGCUAUCUUACCAAGAGGCUUGUGCUGAAAAAUUGAUGGCCUUACCAGGGAGCUACAUUGGACAACUUCUCCGUGAAAAAAAGGAAGGGAGGACAGGCAGAGGUGGAAACAUACAAAACACUCCGAGCAUGUUCGGCGCCGGCCCUAACGAUAUUUACUCGGACGCGGGCCCCGGCAGCUCGCUGGACCUGGACACCGACCGCCCGGUCUUCAGCGAUGAUUCUUAUCGCCCCGAUAAUGAAGGUGGAGGUUUCCCCUCGUUGGACCCGGACAGGAAGCGCCCUGCUCUGUCUUACGACGACCUCAGGCGCAGAAACCGCGGCGAGUACACGGAGGCUAGGCAAGACCCGUACAGAGUUGACCCGAACACAGUGCCGCCAAUAACGCGCGCGACCCCGGUGCUCGAUGCUCCGCCGCCCGCUCCGCGGAACACCAACAAGUACGGCGACGUUAUGGAUUAAUACAAUGGCAUUUACACCACUCGCUUUUUGAAUGCAUGAGCCGAUAACUGCAGUGUGUAAAUAAUAUACUGACAAAUAUUUCAACAGUUGGCUAGCAUUCGCUGAAUAUAUUCAGGCUCCUCAUCAUGAAAUCAUUAUGAAGUUAUAGAUUUAGCACGCAAUAUGUAAUUAAACAAUAAAAAAAAUUGUAAAGUCAUUUAUGACUAAAAACUGCCUAUUGUUGUUUGUUUGAUUUAUAUAUUGCGAUUUUACUUUCAUAAUAGAUCUUUAAAAAAAAGUUUUUUCUGAAGUAUCAAAAAUGAUUUUAUUUGUCUUUCCUACGGAUUAAAAUAUGCGUAGUCUGUUUUCGAAUGAUGUUGAAGUGAUACAUAAUUGAAAACAGCUAGAUUUUAUAACUGGAAAUACAUCAAACGCCUACCAUACUACUCGACACAAAUUCCAUAAGGUUGGAUAUGAAUAUCCGACCAUAGUUACAUUUUAAUAAGACGGGAAUAAAUAGUAAAUUAUAUUUCAUCUUGA